CCCGGCUGAGCCCUAACACUAAAAGCAUCUAUAUAAUGAAAAAAAAUAUAUAGAUGCUUAGAUUGCAAUCUUUUAAAGUGACUGUAUUUAGCAGAGAAUUAUUUAAGUGAUUUCUGGGUGGUAAUCAUUAUUUAUCUGUGGUUACUAGAACUGUGCAAAAAGGGCAAUAACAUAGUGAUUUAGAUCCGUAGACAGUGAUUACUUCUCAAGUUCUCAACAUUAAAUUACAAAAAUAUGUAAACCAUGUUUAAUCUCUUUGAACACGACACACCACAACUAGUAUAUUAUAGUGAUCUGUAACCACAAUUUAUUUUUAAGUUGAGAAUACCCAGGUCCAGGGUUAAAUAAUACAUCAAACGAUUGUAAUGGGCUCUGCCUAGAAGUAUAAGCAAUUAUAAUUUUUGUGACUAUGAAGAUAUUCUACAGUAUACUUUUAGUAUUGACAACAGAGCUUUUGGAAAUCAAUCUCUUGAUAGUUGAUGAGUGUUCUCGCAUUCAUGAUUUUGAUGUAAUUAUACUAAAUAAUUUAAGCAAAGUGGUCAUUCCCGAGUUAGAUGGGAAAAUAAAAGGUGAAGCUGGAAAAGUUGCAAUUAUUGGUGGCUCCAUUGAAUAUACUGGAGCACCAUAUUUUGCGGCUAUAUCCGCUUUAAAGGUUGGCGCAGAUCUGGUUUAUGUUUUUACAACCGAAAAUGCAGCACCAGUGAUAAAAUCGUACAGCCCAGAUCUCAUUGUCAUUCCUCACAAUGCUAUAAAUAUCACCUCAUUACUACAUAGUAUACACGUGGUUGUAAUCGGACCAGGGCUAGGCAGAUCAACAGAAGGAUUAAACCUGGCAUAUGAGACCAUUCGAAUUUGUAAACAGUUUAGAAAACCUUUAGUCAUCGAUGCAGAUGGACUGUACGCAAUUUAUCAAAAUCCCGUUAUAUUGAAAGAUUAUCCAAGUCCUGGCGCAAUUCUAACACCCAAUAAUGCAGAAGUCAGACGGUUAAAACAAGCUGUCACUGAAAGUGAUAUACCAUGGUAUAAAUAUUGGGGUGACUUCGUUACAGUUUUACAAAAGGGUGAAACAGAUAUGUACUUUUCUAACAAUGGUGACUAUGACUGGUCUCUCCAUGAAGGUGGUUCUGGUAGACGCACUGGUGGGCAAGGGGAUAUUUUAUCAGGUGCAUUAGGAACUUUAUUUAACUGGGGACUAAAGGCCAAUCUAUGCGAAAACACGAAAUCUGCACAACUGGCACAAAGUGUGGCGGCUUACGCAGCAGCUAAGUUUACGAGAGUUUGUAACUCGAACGCUUAUAAAAAUCAUGGCAGAAGUAUGCUUGCUUCUGAUAUGUUAAAUGAAAUACACAAAGCAUUUGAUGAAUUAUUCUUAUAAUAAACUUCUUACAAAUAGUACCUACUGA